AGAAGCAGAUCUGAUGUUCAAACUGUUGCUCGGACCCUGCGCAGCUGGAGCUCUCUGUGAAACUAAAACCACCUUCAUCCGUGUGAGCCCGGACAUCAGAAUGAAGCGAAGCCUCAAUUACAGCUCAUCAGACAGCGAGCUGGAUGACAACGUGGAGGUGGAGAAGGACAGUGGCGACGAAAAUGGUCAAGCUGACUCUCCAGGAUCGAUGUCACCCUCCACCACCACUACACAAGUUCAAGCAAGAAAAAGGCGCAGAGGGAUAAUAGAGAAAAGGAGACGUGACCGGAUCAAUAGUAGCCUGUCAGAACUGAGAAGACUGGUACCAAGUGCUUUUGAGAAGCAGGGAUCAGCUAAAUUGGAAAAGGCUGAAAUUCUGCAGAUGACAGUGGACCACCUGAAGAUGCUUCAUGCAUCUGGAGGAAAAGGUUACUUUGAGGCUCAUGCUCUUGCUAAGGAUUACCGCAGUUUGGGCUUCAGGGAGUGUCUGGCAGAGACGGCCCGUUACCUGAGCAUCAUUGAGGGCCGGGAGAGUACAGACUCCCUGCGGAUCCGCUUGGUGUCCCACCUCAGCAACUACGCCUCUCAGAGGGAGGUGCACACUGGACUGGAACACUUUGCUUGGGGCUCGGCGUAUGGAACAGCCCCAUCCCCUCUCCCCCACCAUCUUCUUCUCCAGCACCCUCAGGGCAGGACACCUGCGCCCAGAACAAACAGCAGUCCACCGUCCUCCUGCUCCUCUUCUUCUUCAUCCUCCUCAUCCGGUGAGGUUUCUGGAACAUCCAGACUCAGUAUGCUAUCCCCCACAGAGUCUCUCAGGGUGCCUCCUAAUGGCUCCUUACCCCUCAGUCUACCUGUGCCGACAUCUAAGUUGUCCCCACCUCUCGUCUCGUCUCUCUCCUCGCUUUCGGCCUUCCCCCUCUCCUUUGGGGCCUUUCCUCUCAUCUCCCCAACGGCCAUCGGUACAGUGAGUCCCACCUCCACCAUGUCAAAGCCUUACAGGCCGUGGGGCAUGGAGAUUGGGGCGUUCUGACGCUGAGCACUGGACUCAAGGCAACAGCUGAGCUGUGCCCACCAUCACCGACAAAUCCUGCUUCAACUGUUCAUAUUUCAAUAAACUAAAGGAAAAUGAAUCAAAAUAAUUUUAUUUUGCUUAGAAAUAAGUUUGAGAAGUUGCAGGUGGACAUAAUGCCCUUUUAGAAUUUUAUUUACUUAAAAGGUGAAUAUGUUUUUAUUCACUAUUUGGUGAAUAAAAAGCUUAAUUUAGAUAGUUUUUUCACCUCCAGGUUGAGGACUGAAGUAAAAAUAUGAGCCAUGAUAGAAUGAUUGUAGAGGAAAUGUACAGAUACAAUUAAAAAACUGUGUAAACUGGCGACCACCAAGGCUGGACAUAGGAGGAUAUGGGCCCCUGGGCUAGAGUUUUGGUGCCCACUCAAUUUUCUUUUACCUAUGCAAGUUAUAAGUAAAUAUCACAAAAGCUGUUUGCCCAAACCACUAAAUAAAAAGAAACUAACGUUUCUUUUGAACAAAUAAUAACUUUGUCAUCUACUGGUAACAAUGAGACAAAAACAUUAUAACUAUGACUUGGCUUUUUAACCAAGCCACUGAAAUACACCAAAAACAAAGGAAGGCUGGAAGAUGUGCUUAAGGUUUGCUGUUUUUGCACCUGAAGUGUUUGGGGUUAGCUAGAU